GGCCGCCCUGGGGCGGGGCGGGGCGGCGCUUCCGCCUGCGCUUGGCCACGCCGGGCCGCUCUGCGGCGCCCGGGACUGUAGGGAACCGCGCCCGGACCCGGCGGCCGAGGUGGAGAUGGAGCUGAAUCCAGAGCUGCUGCUGCAGGAGGCCCGCGAGAACGUGGAGGCAGCGCAGAGCUACCGGCAGGAGCUGGGCCAGAGGCUACAGGGGCUGCGGGAGGCGCAGAGGCAGAUCAAAGAGAGUGCAUCACAGACAAGAGAUGUCCUCAAACAGCAUUUUAAUGAUUUAAAGGGAACCCUCGGGAAGCUCCUGGAUGAGCGAUUGGUGACCCUUUUGCAAGAGGUGGAUACCAUUGAACAAGAGACCAUUAAACCACUAGACGACUGCCAGAAGCUCAUAGAGCAUGGAGUUAGCACUGCAGAGGACUUGGUCCAAGAAGGUGAAAUUGCCAUUCUUGGUGGCAUAGGAGAACAGAAUGAAAAACUGUGGAGCUUUACCAAAAAGGCAUCACACAUUCAGCUGGACAGCUUACCGGAAGUGCCUCUACUGGUCGAUGUGCCUUGUUUAUCUGCUCAGUUGGAUGACUCAGUUCUUAACAUAGUGAAAGACCACAUUUUUAAGCACGGAACGGUAGCGUCUCGCCCACCAGUGCAGAUAGAAGAACUAACAGAGAAACCGGGAGGCAUCCUCGUGCGGUGGUGUAAGGUGGAUGACGACUUUACAGCCCAAGAUUACAGACUCCAGUUCCGUAAAUGUUCUUCAAAUCAUUUUGAAGAUGUAUAUGUAGGCUCUGAAACUGAAUUCAUAGUGUUACACAUAGACCCCAAUGUUGAUUAUCAGUUCAGAGUCUGCGCCCGAGGAGACGGCCGGCAGGAGUGGAGUCCUUGGAGCGUCCCGCAGACAGGCCACUCCACGCUGGUGCCGCAUGAGUGGACAGCUGGCUUUGAGGGCUACAGUCUGAGCAGUCGAAGAAACAUAGCGCUGCGGAACGACUCCGAGUCCUCGGGCGUCCUCUACUCCAGCGCUCCCACCUACUUCUGCGGGCAGACGCUAACGUUCAGAGUUGAAACUGUGGGACAACCAGACAGGAGAGACAGCAUAGGCGUGUGUGCAGAAAAACAGAAUGGAUACGACUCUCUACAGCGGGACCAAGCCGUGUGCAUUAGUACAAACGGUGCAGUUUUUGUAAAUGGAAAAGAAAUGACUAAUCAGUUGCCUGCCGUUACCACUGGGUCCACUGUCACAUUUGACAUUGAAGCUGUGACUCUAGGAGCCACCAACAAUAACGAAGGCGGAAACUUCAAGCUUCGAGUAACUAUUAGCUCAAAUAACAGAGAAGUGGUUUUUGAUUGGUUACUCGAUCAAUAUUGUGUCUCUCUUUACUUUGGAUGUUCAUUUUUUUAUCCUGGAUGGAAAGUAUUGGUGUUCUAGAUUUUUGGGUGAUUGGCUUUGGUUUACAAGAUUUUAAUGUAGCUGCUCUCAUCCUAAUGUAUAAUUGAAGAAAACAAAAACAGCUUCUCUCAGUUAAGCCACUGGAAGUGGGAAUAGUUUAUUGGAUUUAUUUUGGAAUAUUUUAGCAGUAUGGGACUUGCACAUUGUGGACAAAACCAUAAUGCAGUCAUUUUUAUUCUUAGCAUAGUGUUAACUGAAAUAUCACAUCACAGUAAAAAUCAAAUUGGCUUUUAAAAUACUAAGAGAUAAAGCCCUCCACCCUCCAGUUUACUUUGUCCAGUUGGUUUCAGAACAGAAAAAUGAAUGUCACAUUAUUGUAUUAAAUCUCCGUCUUCCAAAGACCCGAGGCCGUGGGAGAGUUCGGUGUCGAACGGCAGGGACAGGCCGGGCGGAAGCCCAGGCCCCAUAGCGCCUGUUCCCUGGUGUGCUCUCCACACGAGUGUCGAAUGUGCUCUCUGUGUUCAGGUGUGUGUACGCGGUAUUGAAUUUUAUCUCGUGUUCAGUAUUCUUAAAGCCCCUAAAGCAUGAUAAUCUCUGCAUCCAUUUUGUAAUUACUGAGGAAAUGUCUACAACAGGCAAAAAUGUUUUCCUUUGUUCUUUUCUUACUAUUUGAUUCACGAUAGGCUAAAGGAUUUUUACAGGGUAAAACUACGUGUGGGAGCAGCGUGCACAGUAGUGUUAGCCAUUUCCCCUGUGUGUAACAUGUACAUGCCCAGACCCGGCUGCAGUGCUGUACAAACGACUGUUUUUAGGGGAUGAGCUGCAGUCAGUUUGUUGUCAGUUUCGUAGAUGGUCUUAGUGGGCUGAGCAAAUGUAUGGGCUGAAUACUUGACCUAUUUUUGGCAACUUAAAUUUGUGUAAAAUAUUUAUUUGAAGGACUUACUUAGUAUGUAAAAAUGAGUAUCUUAUCUUGCUAUAUACCAAUCUAUAGAUUUUUUAAUGUGAAUUUUUUUUUAAUUUUUAACAGUAGAAAAGCAAGUUUGAUAUUUUUGUAAAAUAAUUUAUUUGGGGAUUCAAAUUCCCUGUGAGACAAUCGACCUUUUUCACUUGCCUUUUUAUGUAUAAGUGAGUCAUCUUUCACUGAAGACGUGCUAGAAUGUAGCUGCCUGGGAAAACUGUCUGAAACGAAAUUAAAAACUGUAAG